AUGACUUCUCUCGGCAUCCAAAUGACGCAAAUUAACUUGCAUCACAGCAAGAGCCCCUCGGCUAUCCUAGCCAGGAGCAUGGCUGUGAUGCAACUCAGCAGCAAGGACCUCACAGUCAUCAAGGUGAGAGUGAAGCUGGCCGAGGAAGAAGACAUAGAAGUAUUAAUAGGGUCAGUUUAUAUGCCGUAUGACUCCACAGAUCCACCACCACAUGAAAAAAUAAAAACCCUGGUGGCCUGUGCGAAAGCCAGAGGGCUCGAACUUCUGGGUUGCGAUGCGAACUCCCACUAUAAGAAACGAGCCGACAUUCUUGGACUUCAAAAGACAAGAAGUCAUCGAUAUUACGGUAUGUACAGAGAGGGUGGCGAGUUUGGUGAGAGACUGGAGAGUAAGCCCUCUGGGUCGGACCACAGACAUAUACGCUUAACUCUUCAACAAAUACCGCAAAUCAGCUGGGUUCGCAACCCACGAAAAACCAACUGGGAGGGCUGUAGGGCUGACCUUAAGGCCCAACUUGCUAUGGCCCCAACCAGUUUCAGAACCAAAAACAACUCAGAAAACGCGGCGGACUUUUUAAAAAACGCCAUUACAAACGCCUUUGAAUUAAACUGCUCACCAAAACCCAGGAAUCCGAUGAACAAGAUCCACUGGUGGAAUAAAGAGCUUGGUAAGCUCAGCAUUGAGAGCGUCCCGGAGGAAUUCAGGCUUCACAGAAUCCUCAGUUUGGAUCACUGUCCCCAAUUAGGCUGUCUCAAGCUCCCAACGGAAAAUGUCACUGAGGAGGCAACGGACACAUUGAAACAUUUAAUGGAAGUCUACUUCCCAAGUUUUGAUCAUAACAUACAACCCUGCCGGCCGAAGCCUAGGGAAUAUAAACCCAAGGACUGGCGUCUGGCAGCUGAGGUUGUUCUUCCAAAGGGAGUUGAAUGGGCUGUUAAAACCUUCUCUCCCUAUAAAUCACCUGGACCGGAUGGAAUCUACCCGGUUCUUCUUCAAGAGGAGCUGGGGGUUCUCACAGGUGGAAGCGGUGCACUAAAAACCUAA